GUGGACAUAAAAUAUUUCCCCUGCAUACAUUCGUGAGUGAAAUGGCUGAAGCUUUCGAGAAAGACGAGGAUCAAUUUCGCUGUUCUGUUUGUCUGGAAUCCCUGAAGGAACCGGCGACUAUCCCAUGUGGACACAGCUACUGUAUGAGUUGCAUUGGUGGCUGCUGGGACCAGGAGGAGAAAAGGGGUGAGUUCAGCUGCCCUCAGUGCAGAGAGAAAUUCAUUCCACGACCUGCUUUGAAGAAAAAUACCAUGCUAGCUGAACUGGUGGAGAAAAUGAAGUUCAGUGGAGGCCAGACUGGUCAUGAGGCAACCCCAAACACAGAACCUGAAGUGCCGUGUGACCUCUGCUCUGAGGGGAAAGUGAAGGCAGUCAAGUCGUGUCUGAUGUGUCAGGUUUCCCUCUGUGACACUCACCUGCAGCCUCACAACGACAUCCCUGCCUUGAAGAAGCACAAGCUGGUCAAAGCCAUGCAGCUAGAGCAGGUGAUCUGCUCUCAGCAUGGGAGUCUUCUCCAGGUGUUCUGCCGCACCGACCAGAAGUGUAUCUGCGUACUGUGCACUAUGGAUGACCACAAGGGUCACGAUACAGUCUCUGCUGCGGCAGAGCGGAAGAGUAGAGAGGGGAAAUUAGGGGACAUGCAGAUGAAAUUCCAGCAGAGGACCCAGGAACGAGAGAAGGAGCUGAAGGACGUGAGAGAGGCCUUGAAAUCCCACAACACCUGGGCAGAGAAGGCAGAGCAGCACAGUGAGAAGGUCUUCACUCGGCUGCUGGAGUCUAUUGAGAGGAGACGCGUGGAGGUGAGAGAGAAGAUCAGAGGUCAGCAGAAGGUCACGGUCAGCCAUGCUGAGAGAGUCGUGGAGGAACUGGAGGAGGAAGUAGCGGAGCUGAGGAGAGGAGAUGCUGAGCUGGAGCAGCUCCCACAUAACGAUAACCAUGUCCAUUUCCUUCAGACCUUCGGUGGCCUUGAAACCUUGCUUGGAUGUGAAGGGUUAUCCAGCAUCACUCUUAGUCCAGAACCAUCCUUUAAGGGUCUGAAGAGAUCCCUUUCUGCCUUUGCAAAGGGGGUAGAAAAUCUCUGUGAAAGGGACAUGAAUAACAUGAACAAAAAGCUGAAAAACAUCAAAGUUGUUCUGCCACCAGAACCAGAGACUCAUCAGGACUUCCUGAAAUAUUCAUGUCAGCUAACACUGGAUCCAAACACAGUUAAUCCAUGGCUCUCACUGUCUGAGGAUAACAGGACAGCCACAUGUGAAAAGGAGGAGCAGCAGUAUCCUGAUCAUCCAGACAGAUUUAACGUUGACCAGCAGGUGUUAUGUGAAGAAGGCUUGUCUGGGCGCUGCUACUGGGAGGUUGAAUUCAGUGCUGAUUACUUAAACGCUGACAUAGGUGUGACAUACAAAGCCAUCGGUCGAAAGACGGAAGAUGAGAAGAAAGACGAGACAAAUGACAUUGAUGUCAUGGAGACUAAUGAUGGAAAGGAUGAAGUUGCAGAGGGUGGUGAUGAAGAUGAUGAACACACAACAUUCACUGAGGCCCUCUACCCUGGAUUUGGACUGUACAGCCAAGGCUCUGUAACACUAUGCCUGUAA